AUGGCCGUUCAUCAGCUCGCCAUCGCAAAGGCGUCCUUUUCUGCAUCCCUCUUACGGCCCGAUCCCACAUCUUUGUCGCGCGACGACAUCACCACAUUCCACGCUCUAGUUGACAACGCUUUAUCGCAUUGCUCGCGCAUCAACGUCCAGACUUGCAAGGAAUGGUUGCUUCGUCAUGUUGUCCCCUCCUCAAACAGAGUCGGUGUGCUGGGGAAAUACCUAGUCGCUUUGUCAACGUCGUACGAGUUGGCAUCCUCUAAGGAUCAGCCUGUGUCUUCGAAAGCCGCCAAUACAAAGCCGUCUGGGAAACGGAAGCGAUUACAUAUUCUCUAUUUGUUGAAUGAUGUGUUGCAUCACACGAAAUACCAUUUGAAUGAAGGGGUUGGCGCGUUUGCCAGCUUCAGCAGCUCGUUACAGCCGUAUAUCGUUGAGCUUGUUGGUCUUGCCGCGUUAUAUGAUCGACAGAAAAAUCCUAAACAUCACCGACGCUUAAACCAGCUGUUAGAUGCCUGGCAUAGCCAUGGAUACUAUGCCACCGAGUACGUCAACAAGCUGCGAGAGUUGGUCAAAAAUGCAGACUCGGUUGAUGCGAUCAAGGCAGCUGUUGGUCUAUCGGAAGGCACGACAGACAUUCAGCCUACCGGAUCCAAGAGGGACGCGCCGUAUAUAAUGCCAGCGAGCCACGGUGAUGCAUCCACGCCGUUUUAUGAUUUACCAGCCGGAAAUUUCGUUCCCCAUAUAAUCCCGGACUCAACUACUCCGAUACGGCCAGAUAUUGUCAAGCCACUUCAAUUCUUGGCUGGUCCAGCUGAUCAAAAACUCGUCGGCGUGCUGAAGAAGUUUUUCCAAGAUGUGGAUCAUAUAUACGGAUCGAUCGAAUCCGCUCUCCCAGAAAACGCGUCAUUAGAUGUGGACGAGCUUGGUCAGACCGUUCUCCGUGAUGACAAAACUGGGGAUAUAAUUGACGCUGAUACUUAUUACGGAUGGUCGCGAGAGUUCUGUCAACAAAUGAAAAAGAGGAAGACGAAAGGAACUUCUCGGCGCAGUCGCAGUAAUAGCUCUGGCGCGGACGAGCGUUAUCGAAAACGCCGCUAUAGCGACAGCGUUAGCCGUGACGACUCUCGCUCACGUUCGCGUAAUCCUGAUCGCCGACGGUAUUCCAGGUCGCCUUCAAGUGACGAUUCACGCGAAGUUUCUCGACCACGCCUUGGCGCGCAGCCACGAUCACGGUCAAACUCAUACUCACCCCGGCCGGCAUCUCCACGGCCUUAUCCUGCCUUUCAGCAAAACAAUCAACUGCCCCCACCACCACCACCUCCUCCCAAUGUCUCAAACCCUCCAUAUGCAUAUAGUGGCGCCGCAUCAUUUCCACCCCAGUUCGCAACCAAUGUUCCCCCUGCGCCUCCGAUGAAUUACAGUAACGCGUGGCCUGCGCACGGGUUACCUGCACCUGGGUAUCCAGUGGGCGGCCAACAUACGGUACCUCCUGGAAUCGCAAAUUUCCCUCAGCAAUAUCAGCCGCCGGCAAAUCAACCGGCUCAGUAUGGUCAACCACCGCCAUAUCCAAUGCCACAGAUGCCCAUGGGGGCUUUUCCGCCGCCGUGGCAAGGAGGGUACCAGGGUGGCCAUCAAGGUAGUCAUCAAGGAGGUUAUAAUCAAGGUGGAAAUAGGUAG